AAACUCAUUCGUACUACUCGCAUUACGUACUACAUUGAUAACUGCUUUUGUGACUGUUUAGUUAUAUGUUUUGGUAUAAGAGAGCGUCCCGUUUGUUGGUUGCUCAGCUGUUUUGAAGAAUCGACGCGGCUACAGCCGCCUGGCAGUGACUGCUCGUGAUUCGACGUGUGAUCGCUGUUUUCACGUCCAAACGCGAACAGAUGUGGAGUGACUGUCCAAAUUUCUGACAUAUCUUAACCACGAUUCUUAAACAGAAUCUUUUUUCUACGUUCUUAAUAAUACUUAACGUGAAAUUGCGAGUGCGUGUGUAACAUUUGCCUUAUACAAAAAAAGAAAAAAAAAAAAAGAAAUCGCCAUGAGCGAGUUAAGCCAAGAAGAAUUUGUUACAGUGCUUACAAUCAAGUAAUGCUGAAACUAUAAACUGCAUUGUAUGCAAUUAAUAAUUCUGGAGAUUCUUUGUUUCCAAUUUUUAUACGAAUGAGGAGAAGGCGAUUAGCACGGUUAGUGGGUUUAGACAACAAUUGUUCAACUACCAACUCUAGUAACAAUACAGGUGCGAUAUCUCCAAGUACACCAGGUCCAUCAAAAGCAUUUGCAGGAUCUAUAAUGUCUCCAGCUAUACAACAACAGUUUCAUAAUCAAGAAAUUCCAAUGGAAGUUGAAGAAACUAGUGAGAAACAAUGUAAUACCUCUGGUGUAGAUGUUGACUCUGGCAUUGAAAAUAUGGAAGUUGAAGAAUCGGAUAGAAAGGAACAAGUGCCACGUUCACGUACAACAAGUUCUAGUACAGAAGUGACCACUGAUCAAAUUCAUAUUGUUAUAUCAAGAGUAUUGUGUGUAUCAUGGAAAGAAUCACUAGAAGGAACAAUACUUUUACCAGAAAUGGCAGCAUAUGCACUCAUUCACAAAUUAACUGAUGUCACAGACAUUAUCAAUCAAGCUAUUAUGGAAGUUUUAUAUAUGUUUUCAAGAGGAGAAGAUCCACUAAAAGAAAUUACCUCAGAAAUGUCAUCCGAUCGGGAAGACAGUCCAAACAGCCAAGCAAGUCCUUUGUUGAGUCCAGUAAUGACUGUACCAUCUUAUCAAUUACCAACAUUACCAUUACCUGCUGGAAGUAAAUCAUUGCAGCCUAAAAGUCUUAUUUAUUUAUUAGAUUCAUAUUCACGAGUCGCAAUAGAGGAACGUAAUCAUCCUAAGCGAUCAAGUAUACCACCACUUUCUGAUGUACUAUCUACUCUGCGAGCUCAAUGUGUUCAAUACUCGAGUCUUGUUUUACAAGGUCUUAUAGGAAUUUCUCAAACUUCUGUCAUGCCUGCUUAUGUCACACCACUUCUUCAUCCUAUGCUCUCUCAGAAUUUGCCUCGCGGUUAUUUGCACGAACUCGUAGCCAGAACGCAUACGAACUCCAGUAUCUUCAGCAAAAUUUUUACUCCUUUACUACAAGGCCUCUAUCUUUCUAUGCAACAAGCUAGUUUGGUUGGUAAUACACAUCGAAGACCUAUAGAAGCACUAGAAGAACUCAUAGAGAUCCGUUGUGGACCUAACGGCAAUAUACGCCCAAUAUGUCGUCUAAUCACUCAUCAAGCACAAUUUUUACCUGAUGUAAUGACGAAUGCUGCAGGAAGAGAACUUACAAGGACUUCAUUUCUUGGACCAUUUCUUUCAAUUUCUGUGUUUGCUGAAGAUCAACCUAAGGUGGCUGAAAAAUUCUUUAGUGGAAAUCCAUUUACCGAUAAAUCAAUGAAUUUGACAUUACAGCAAGAAUUAGAGAGCACAAGAACUUCUCUUCACAAAAUGCUUCAUGCGAUACUUGCAAAUAGUAAUUGCCGCGAUGCUAUGUUAGCAUAUUUAGCAGCAUUAUUGCAUCACAACGAAAAGCGCGCCCAAAUACAAACUGAAGAGUUUUCACUUGCUGGAGAUGGAUUUAUGCUAAACUUACUUUCAGUAUUACAAAUGCUCUCAGUUAAAAUCAAAUUGGAUACAAUUGAUCCUUUGUAUCCGUUUCAUCCUUCUAGCUUCGUUGAAAUAAAAAAUGACACAAGACUGAAACUUACUUCUCAAGAAGUUACAGAAUGGCUAAAAGAAUUAGAAAGAACACAUAAGUGGGUUGAAGCUAAAUUUCCAACACAAUGUUGGUUUCUCACGUUGCACUGUCAUCAUAUAGCAUUGUUACCAGCUUUACAAAAAUAUCAAAGAAAAUUAAGAGCUCUGCGUGAUUUGCAGAAAAUGCUCGAUGAACUACAAGCAUCUGAACCUCAAUGGAAAGAUGCUCCAUUUGCAGGACACAAUAAAGAAUUAGUAAAGCGGUGGAAACAACAACUAAAACGUCUUGGUAAAUCAAAAUCAUGUGCAGAUGCUGGUUUGAUUGAUCCUGUACUUCUAAGGAGAUGUUUGCAUUUCUACAUUUCUGUUGCUGAAAUUUUACUUAGUCUUUUGACACAGAGCUUACCUGGUAGUCCACUUCCUGAACUUCCUUUAUCACAAGAAAUUCCACAUAGAUUUACAGCUCUACCAGAGUGGUAUGUGGAGGAUAUCGCAGAGUUUUUAUUAUUUACUCUUCAAUUCUGUCCAACAGUAAUAGCAAAUAAUAUGGAUAAUUCAUUGAUUACAUGGCUGCUUGUGGUAGUAUGUACACCACAUUGUAUACGUAAUCCAUAUCUGAUUGCAAAAAUUAUUGAGGUUCUAUUUGUAAUCAAUCCUAGUGUUCAAGGUAGAACAGAAACACUCCAUGAUCAAGUCAUGGCACACCCAAUAUCCAAGACGCUUUUGGCGUCUUAUCUUAUGAAGUUCUACACUGAUGUUGAAACAACUGGUUCCAGCUCAGAGUUCUACGAUAAAUUCUCUAUUCGUUAUCACAUUAGUUUAAUUCUAAAGUCAAUGUGGGAUAGUCCAGUACAUCGGGCGUCUAUUGUAAAUGAAAGCAAUAAUGGCAAUCAAUUUGUUAAAUUCAUUAACAUGUUGAUGAAUGACACAACUUUUCUACUUGAUGAAAGUUUAGAAUCUUUAAAACGUAUUCAUGAAGUUCAAGAAUUGAUGUCUGAUCUCAAUGCAUGGUCUGCUCUUUCUGAAGAACAACAACAAUCACGAAGAAGACAAUUAGCAGCAGACGAACGACAAGCUAGAUCUUAUUUAACGUUAGCUAAAGAAACAGUUGCCAUGUUUCAUUAUUUGACUGUUGAUAUCACAGAACCAUUUUUGCGUCCAGAAUUAGUUGGAAGAUUGUGUGCCAUGUUAAAUUUUAAUUUACAACAAUUGUGUGGACCUAAGUGUAAAAACUUAAAAGUGAGAAAACCACAAAAAUAUGGGUGGGAACCACGGACGUUAUUAAGUCAGUUGGUUGAUAUAUAUUUACAUCUUGACUGUGAUAAUUUCGCAGCUGCUUUAGCUAGCGACGAGCGAUCAUUUUGCAAAGAACUAUUUACUGACGCUGCAAAUAGAUUACAAAAGUCUGCGAUAAAAACAACCACAGAGAUUGAGAGGUUUAUAGCGCUCGCAGAACGAGCAACAGUGAUCGCAAGAGAUAAUCGUGCACGUGAUGAAGAUUAUGGUGAUGCGCCAGAAGAAUUUCGAGAUCCUUUAAUGGAUACUCUUAUGGAAGAUCCUGUUAAACUUCCAUCUGGUAUUGUUAUGGACAAAGCAGUUAUUAUAAGACAUUUAUUGAAUAGUGCAACAGAUCCUUUUAGCCGUCAACCACUUAGUGAGGAUAUGCUUACACCAAAAUUUGAAAUAUUUACAGUGGUUGAAUUAAAAGAAAGGAUAUCUAUAUGGAAACAACAGAAGAAAAAACCAACAAAUAUUUAAAAGGUGCUAACUACCAGAACCUUUUUAUAUCAACAUCACCGUACCACAUAGAUUGUAUUGAUACAACAUGGUACUAUUUAUCAGUUAAUGGACGUAUCAAUCUGAUGUGGUAGAAGUGCAUUAGUGCAAUGAUCUCGCUACUGUGCAACUGUUGCUCUCAAUAAAUUUACAGUUUUUAUACAAUAAAUAUAAAACAGACUGCAGCUAGGAAACUGCCUCUAUUCCUCUAAACAUAUUCUAGGAACAUGUAUAUAAAUACUAGCUAAAUGCUAGUGUCCAAAAUUAAAUGUUACUCAAAAAGUAUGCUUUUCCUUCCUUUGUAUGUUUCUUGAUGUAGAUGGCUGCGGAUAAAGAAUGUUUCAAAGUUGUAAUUGCAUAUUAUACUGAAUAUGCUAUUUUAAAAAUUACGAAUUAGAAGUAUUGGUAUGUAUCACAGACUUUGAUUAAUCUAAUUUUUGGGAGUAAAACAAUGUUAUUUAAGAUGAAAUUUAUACAUAGGAUUUGUAAUUAGAGAUUUCAGGAGAAUUUAUUGAUAAAGAAUCUCUUAUUUGAAUACAGCAAUUUAUGAACAGAUGGCUAAUAUUGUCUAUAAUGGUUAUGGGUAUAUGAUCUUUCAAUCAUCAAUAUUAAAAACAAUUAUUAUUAAGCAUUAUGUAAAAGUGAAAAAAGGGAGAGAGUAUUCUUAAUAUAUACACCAUGUUUUCUAAUUUUAAUUUCUAAACUGUUUUUCUUGUUGAAUAGUAAUCUUAAAUUUUUUAAAGCGAUUUGGAAGAUAGCAUAUGUGUAAGUCGUGUAUCAUUCAUUUACAAUUGCACAAUUAUAAAAAUUUUUAUGUUUUUUCAUAUAAAUAUUAUAAGACAGACAAUGCAUCUUUUGUGAAUUAUUAUCUUCACUAUUCUAUUAAUAUUAAAACAAAUGUAGUGCUACACAUUCCAAAGAAAAUGCGGAAGAAGAGAGAAUAUUAUGCAACAUUAAAUUCCAUGUUCCAGAAUGGUUGGAAAAUUGUAAUAUGUAUUUUUGUUUUAUUCUGCAAGAUCAUUUGAAACUUUUUCUUUUUCAUAGCUGCAUUUAUUUUAUAUUAUUUUUAAGUAUUACAUAUAACAUUGUACUUCCAUGGUGCCAGAUGCUGAUUGUUCUUUUAUAAUGAGAUAAUCUUGUCAUUAUUGUAAAUAUGAAGUAUAACAAAUACAAAAAAUAAUAUUUCAUGAAAAGUAUAGAUAACAUUGGGUUAUUGAUAAGUAUCAUUGAAUAAAUUUUCAUGCUAUCAAGACCAAUUAAAUUUUGUAUUUAUUAUAAAAAAUAGUUACAUAAUUUCUGCACUGUUUAUAUACCAAUCAUUCAAAGUCGAGCAAAUAAUUUAAUGUUAAAUAUAAAUUAAUACUACCUUUAUGUAUGAAAAUUUACAUGCUUCAACAUAACAUUUAGUUUUAUAUUUGUAGUAUUAAGAAAUAAAAGUAUAAUAAUUUAGAACAGAAGGUGUAUAUAACAUACUGUACUUCUGUUUAUCAUUCAUCAUGAUCAUCAUCGUCAUCAUUAUUAUUAGUAGUAUUAUUACUAUUAUUAUUAUUAUUAUUAUUAGUAGCAGUACUAUUACUACUACACUACUCUACUACUACUAUUACUCUACACUACUCUACUACUACUAUUACUACUCUACUAGUACUACUACUACUACUCUACUAGUACUACUACUACUACUCUACUAAUACUACUACUACUACUCUACUAGUACUACUACUACUACUCUACUAGUACUACUACUACUACUCUACUAGUACUACUACCACUACUCUACUAGUACUACUACUACUACUCUACUAGUACUACUACUAGUACUACUACUACUACUACUACUACUACUACUACUACUACUACUACUACUACUACUACUACUACUACUACUACUACUACUACUACUACUACUACUACUACUACUACUACUACUACUACUACUACUACUACUACUACUACUACUACUACUACUACUACUACUACUACUACUACUACUACUACUACUACUACUACUACUACUACUACUACUACUACUAUACUACUACUACUACUACUACUACUACUACUAUUAUUAUUAUUAUUAUUAUUAUUAUUAUUAUUAUUAUUAUUAUUAUCACUAUCACUAUCAUCAUCAUCAUCAUCAUCAUCAUGUAUUAAAACUCCUGAGUUGAAAGUUAUGAUAAAGAACUUAUAUUGAAGUAUGAUCAUAUUAUAAUCAUAUCACUAUAUUUUAUAAAUCAAAUGUCUGUACAUGACAAAAGCAUUAAUUGAUAAUCAAGCAUUGUUGGAAAAAUAUCCCAUUAUAUUACAUGAUUUGUAAAUAGCUUAAAAAAAACAAUUUACCCAUAGAUACUAAUAUUUGUAAUGACAUUUUUUAUGUCUUCUGUAAUGUAAUCAGGUACUGAAUAUCUUUCCAUCUUCAGGAAAGUUGCUUAUAAUGUUAUUUGUAAAUAAUAGAAUUGAUGUACAAUAUGAGAGAAAAUAAACAUGAUUUAUGCAAAAGAAA